CUCCCUCCAAGGGCGCUGUACUGCUGCUGUCUGCCCUAUUGUUGGUCAUUACUAAAUGUUCGGUGUCUCAAAUUAAUCGAGUGCAUUAUACGGUAUUUGUCCCAGCAAAAGUUUCAAUCAGGAUAUUCAUUCUAAAUCGAGUGCUUCAACACAGCGGCCAUUGAAACUGGGCGAUACGAUUUUUGCAUAAUAUUGCUAGGUGAAGAGGUGCAGGUGAAAUUUGGGUUGGUGGCAGAAUCUCUUCAACGCCUCCCAAACAAUUCAUUAUUUGCGCAGUAAAGGGAAAGAGAGAACGUACAAAGGAGCGUCAGAAUAUUUUCAAUGAGGUUCAACGCCAUCUUGGCUGCGGCCGGCUGCGGUUGGAUAUUCGCUGCCGGAAGUGCAGCCAUCAACGCCUGCAAUCCUCAAAAUCUCACUUACAGCAACGAAGCGCCGCCAAAUGGAACAUACAUGCCAUGGAACCUCAUCGAGGGCAUCAACAGCGUGCCUGGCUCACGACAAUACAUCACCAUUGUAAAUCUUACGCCUCACAGAUUUGUGUUGCAGAAUACGCACUCAUAUCAAAUGGAUACUUUUGACUGGGGCGAUGUUCCACAGGGCCAUGCUCGCCAGAAUGUUGUUGUCUACACCAAUAAAGCUGGAGCAAGUGCUGUGGAUGACAACGGCGAGGCGUACUAUGCCAUCGAUGGGACGAGUAAAACGUUCUUCAUCAGAGCCACAACUCAUAUCCCGGAUACGCACCCAGCCCGCACGGUAAUUGACCUUACUGGUUUGGGCCAGGGCCAGCGUGAGUACCUGGACCCAGCGGAGCAGUCCCCUGUAACGCUGGUUAUCACGGGCAGCGAUAGCUAUGGCUUCAUGACAUCGAUUAAAUACGGCCCCGGGAACUGGAUGAAGAACAUGUACGAUGUGAUUAAAGACAGGCAGAUCCAGCACGUUGUCAUACCCGGGAGCCAUGAUUCUGGAAUGUCGUACAUCAGCAACCAGAUUAUUGGAGGAGGUAUCAGCGAAAAUACACAGACGCAAGGAAUCAGCAUCUACGAUCAACUCUACGCAGGUGCUCGCUAUUUCGAUCUACGUGUUGGAUCAGUGCAUUCCGUUACGAAUACCUCCAAGUACAGUUUUUGGACCAUGCACGUCAAUGACGAGACGGCUGAGAUCGCCCUUGGCAAUACAGGGGAAUCCCUCGAUAGUGUGAUUAGUGAAAUCAACCAGUUCACAGCUGAGAGUCCGGGAGAGAUCAUCAUUUUCCACGUCCGAUACCUGGUCGGCAUUCGCGAGGUGCCCAGUCUGGGGCCCAUUUACUGGACCAGCUCGAUAGUCGAUGACUUUUUCAGUAAACUCAAAGGCGUAAACAAUCGCUGCGGCAAUUUGGACACCAGCAGCACAUUCAACCAAAAGCCAGCGUCUUAUUUCAUGGAUCAAAAUGGAGGAAACGGCUGUGUGCUAUUCCUUCUUGCCGGAGAUUUGCAGUCAGGCGUGCCUCAAGACUCUGUAUCUGAUGGCAUAUACCAGGCCAAUGUGCUCUCUAUCAAUGACGAUUGGUCGAAUUUGGGCGAUACUCAGCCCAUGGCGGAGGACCAGGCAUCCGACUGGAAGGCAGUGGCUCGAGGAGGUAGCUCUGACACGUUUCAUAUAAGUCAAUGGCUUGUGAGCGCAGACAUCUUCACUACGACCCUGUAUACUAUUGAGGGCAUUGGAAUUAUGCCUACCAAUCCAGCGCUCUACUGGAUGGGUGUUAACAACAUGAACCCUCAGAGUUGGCCAACCGUUAUACUUACUGAUUACAUUGGCGUAGUUGUGAAGGGCCAACACAAUUGGAAUCAGCUAAGCGCCGACUUGUACACUCUAGCUGUCGGUUUAAACUUGUAUAUGGUUAGCCAAAAUUGCAACGUGAGCUCUGUUUCGCCGCUGCUGUCGGGCGCGAGCUCAGAACUCAAAAUGACUAGUUUGUCGGAAACGUGGGGGGGCAUCAUUUACGCAAAUGGAACAGUGGUUAAUGAGCCGCCACGGCACUUGCAUCCUGGCCGUGUGGAGAUAUUGAAGAAGGGAACUAAGUUUAUGAAUGGCACCGUAUUGGAAGCAGAUGUUCGAAAUCCUGAUUUUCAAUCUAUAGCGGUUUAGAAGAGAGUGCUGGAGAGACGUUUUAUACGAGCUUUACUUUGCAUUUAGCCUUCAAUAUGUCUAUCAGCCAUAUAUCAUGCUGCAUUGGACACCUAUGAGUUUGCUCACUUAUUGUGGGGUUAUCAGCAUGACCGCAUAACUUCAAGGCCUCUAUAAUUAAUAAAGCCUA